GGGAGAGAGUGUGAGAGAAAAUGAGAGAGAGAAAGAGAGACAGAGCGCUGACUCCUCCUCAUUCUCCGGUGUCAAAGUUGACAUCAGCCCUGGAGCAGAGUUGAACCGGAGCCUCGUGCGUGAACGGGAGAGCGAGCUCACAUCAUUCAGUGGCGAAUGCUGCACGGAGAUAUGUACCUCGCGCUGCCUUGCCCUCUGAACUGCCUGCCGUCAUGGAUUGCAAACCGCGCGCGAAACCAAUACUACAUUUUAUUUUACUGUUCAUCUUGUCGUUUAUUCGCCCAGCACUUCUGACCAUCCACCCGUCCAAUGAAGUGAACCUGUUGGACUCCAAAGCCAGCCAGGGGGAGCUGGGAUGGAUAUCCUACCCAUCACAUGGGUGGGAGGAGAUCAGCGGAGUUGACGAGCACUACACUCCCAUCAGGACCUUCCAGGUGUGUAACGUGAUGGAAUACAGUCAGAACAACUGGCUGAGGACCAACUGGAUCCCCCGCCAGUCGGCCCAGAAGAUCUACGUGGAGCUAAAGUUCACCCUGAGAGACUGUAACUCCAUCCCCCUGGUCCUGGGGACCUGCAAGGAGACCUUCAACCUGCUGUACAUGGAGACAGACGAGGACCAGGGCAGUCACUUCAGAGAACACCAGUUCUCUAAGAUCGACACCAUCGCUGCAGAUGAGAGCUUCACCCAGAUGGACCUGGGGGACCGCAUCCUGAAGCUCAACACGGAGGUCCGGGAGGUGGGGCCUGUUACCAAGAAGGGCUUCUACCUGGCGUUCCAGGACGUGGGGGCGUGUGUGGCCCUGGUGUCAGUCAGGGUCUACUUUAAGAAGUGCCCAUUCAUUGUGAGGAACCUGGCCUCCUUCCCUGACACGGUGCCAAUGGACUCUCAGUCAUUGGUGGAGGUGAAGGGCUCGUGUGUCAAUCACUCCAAGGAGGAGGAGCCACCGCGUAUGUACUGUAGUACAGAGGGGGAGUGGCUAGUGCCCAUAGGGAAGUGUCUGUGUAACGUUGGCUAUGAGGACAGAGGGAGCUCCUGCCAAGCAUGCAGAGCAGGGUUCUAUAAGUCUCUGCUGGGUAACGUCCAGUGUUCUAAGUGUCCACCUCACAGCUUCACCCAUCAUGAGGGAGCGCUACACUGUGGCUGCGAGAAAAACUACUUCCGAGCUGAUGGAGACCCGCCAUCUAUGGCCUGCACACGUCCUCCCUCCGCUCCUCGUAACGUGAUCUCAGUCAUCAAUGAGACCUCAGUGAUUCUGGACUGGUCCUGGCCGGAGGACACAGGAGGUCGUAAGGACGUCACCUUCACCGUGCUGUGUAAGCGCUGCAGGCAGGGCCAGAGGGUGUGUGAGGCGUGUCGCAGUAAUGUGCGGUUCCUCCCCCGUGCUGCAGGCCUGCAGAACACUACCGUAACCGUGGGAGACCUGCUGGCUCACACCAACUACACCUUCGAAAUCGAAGCUCAAAAUGGAGUGUCCCAGUUAGCCCCAACCAUGAGGCAAUAUGCUGCUGUGACCAUCACUACCAACCAAGCAGCCCCUUCUCCAGUGACUGUAAUCAGGAAGGACCGUACGUCUCGUAACAGCAUCUCUCUGUCCUGGCUGGAACCAGAGAGACCCAACGGCAUCAUACUGGACUACGAGGUCAAAUACUACCAGAAGCAGGAGCAGGAGACCAGCUACACCAUCCUGCGCUCUAAGGGUUGUAACGUGACGUUGGGCGGUCUAAAGGCAGACACCUCCUACCUGCUCCAGAUCAGGGCCAGGACUGCAGCAGGCUAUGGAGCCAGCAGCAGGAGCUUUGAGUUUGAGACAAGCCCUGACUCGUUCUCUAUCUCCAGUGAGAGUAGUCAGGUGGUGUUGAUAGCCAUCUCUUCCUCUGUAGCCAUUAUCUUGCUCACCGUACUCCUCUACGUGGUGAUUGGCAGGUUCUGUGGCUACAGCAAGUCUAAACAGCCUGAUGAAAAGAGACUGCACUUUGGCAACGGUCACCUGCGUCUGCCAGGAAUAAGGACCUACGUAGACCCUCACACUUAUGAAGACCCCAGUCAAGCCGUCCAUGAGUUUGCCAAGGAGCUGGAUGCUUCCUGUAUCGCCAUCGACAAGGUGGUGGGAGCAGGUGAGUUUGGGGAGGUGUGCAGUGGUCGUCUGCGUCUGCCCAGUAAGAAGGAGAUCUGUGUGGCAAUCAAGACGCUGAAGGCAGGAUACACCGACAAACAGAGGCGGGACUUCCUGUCCGAGGCGUCAAUCAUGGGACAGUUUGACCAUCCAAACAUCAUCAGGCUGGAAGGAGUGGUCACCAGGAGUAAACCUGUGAUGAUAGUGACUGAAUACAUGGAGAAUGGAUCCUUGGACAGCUUUCUGAAAAAACAUGAUGCCCAGUUUACUGGUAUCCAGUUGGUGGGCAUGCUGCGUGGCAUCGCGUCGGGCAUGAGGUACCUGUCUGACAUGGGUUACGUCCACAGAGACCUGGCCGCUCGUAAUAUCCUGGUGAACAGCAACCUGGUGUGUAAGGUGUCUGACUUCGGCCUGUCCAGAGUCCUGGAGGAUGACCCCGAGGCUGCUUACACCACACGGGGAGGUAAGAUCCCUAUCAGGUGGACAGCUCCAGAGGCCAUCUCCUACAGGAAGUUCACCUCGGCCAGCGAUGCCUGGAGCUACGGUAUCGUGCUCUGGGAAGUGAUGUCAUAUGGGGAGCGGCCUUACUGGGAGAUGUCCAAUCAGGACGUGAUCAAAGCGGUGGAUGAGGGCUACAGACUGCCUCCUCCUAUGGACUGUCCUGCAGCUCUGUACCAGCUGAUGUUGGACUGCUGGCAGAAGGAGAGGAACAACAGACCCAAGUUUGAACAGAUCGUCAGCAUCCUGGAUAAACUCAUACGCAACCCUGGGAGCCUGAAGAUCACAGCCAACACCUCAUCCAGGCCAGCCAACCUGCUUCUGGACAGGAGUAGUUCUGAGGUGGUUCCAUCGUUGGACACCAUGGGGGAUUGGCUGGACAGCGUGAGGACUCUGCCCUGUAAGGAGGCCUUCUCUGGGGUCAGCUACAGCUCCUGUGACACCCUGCCCAAGACCUCCGCAGAAAUCUGUCUGACGGAGGUCCACCACCACGUCACAGCAGCCACCUGCCCAGAGUGGGAGCCUUCAAUGGGGAUCACCACCCUCUAACCCCCUCUCCUCUCCAUCCCCUACUCCAGAGACACCGGAUGGGACCUAAAGAAGGUUGGUGUGACGAUCGUCGGCCCUCAGAAGAACAUUGUGAGCAGCAUCAAAGCGCUAGAGAGCCACAGUAAGAAUGGCCCUGUCCCAGUCUAACCCAACCAAGCCACUAGAGAUCCACAGAUUGGCUGACUGGCUGCCCAGUCAUUCCAUUCUGAAUGAAGCCCGUCUGGCCCCCGUUCCAAUCUGAAUGAAGCCAUUCUGGACCCCGUUCCAUUCUGAAUGAUGCCCGUCUGGGCCCCGUUCCAUUCUGAAUGAAGCCCCUCUGGGCCCCGUUGCAUUCUAAAUUAAGACCCUCUGGACCCCGUUCCAUUCUGAAUUAAGCCCUUCUGUGCCCCGUUCCAUUCUGAAUUAAAGCGUCUCCUUUUCAGUUCCUCCCUCCACUCCAGGGAGACCUCUGUGGACGUUUCAAUGACGUUCAUUCCACGAGGGAGCCCUCCCCUUUCGAGGUUUAGUGAUAGGGAAUGAAGGAGGGAGAGGACGGGCUCGUAGUACUUUGGAUUAGAACAGCCCUCUGAUCUCUGUAACAUACAGGAGGAAGUCCCAAACUAAAGGGGGAAGUAGACAUUAGAAAAGUGGUGCAGCGGAGGACAACAGCUCUGAAGUUUGAUGAUGUCACAGUGAUAUCAUGCCCUUACCCUGAAUCCAGGGCAAGCAGUCAGACCGACAGACUGACAGACCAACCCUUCGACACUCCGCACCAUUGCUGAGAUGCCUUACUGAGAACACAGGAAAGGGGAGAUAACCUGGCCUUGGACCUUAAGGGUAUUUGGAUAAAGGGCUGGAGCUGGGAUUGGAGAACCUGGGACAGCAGGACCCUGUGUGUGACUUAUCAUGGAAAGGGGCUUGUUGAGAACUGAGCCAGUAGUGAUCUGAUCCUGUGGAUUUGACUGACAGUUUUUAAACUCUGGAGAGGAAAACUUUAAAUACCUUGAGUAGAACAACGCAGACAGCAGCAGCAGCAAUCCACAUCAACCUGGAGCAGACGAAGCAGACCUGGAGACUCCUACCACUGAAGACCCCACUCUCUCUCACAGAGAAGGACUGAUACCGCUCUGUGUGUCUUUGUGUCGUCUGUGUGUGUGUGUGUGUGUGUGUGUGUGUGUG